UUCCUGACAUUUUUUGGCUUGCUCAACUUUUACCUGUACACCAUGGCAUUUGUAUAUUCCCCAUCCAAAAACGCUUUAUAUGGUAAGCAAGUUGGCUUAGACGUUUUACUUACAACAGCAUAGGUAAUACCGUACGAAACGUUUUCACAUGACGUCACGGCGGCCGUAUUUGUGUGAAAAGUAAUGAAACGGCGGUGAUGUUUGUUUACCAAAAAAUCCUGUGAGGAUUGAAAUCUUUUCUCAUGCAAAAACUUUUUUGUUCCAAGAAGUUUGCAUAGCUGUUGACCACGUGAAUGAAAACGAUUUAUGUUGUCUAUAUGUAACAACCCUCGUUGGGAGUUUGAAAUGGUAAUUCCCCUUCGUAUAUAAGCCUCAGAAUGUAAGAACCUCAAAGAAACCCUUUGAAAAUUGUAAGCCAGCGGGGCUUAAUUUCGGUAUUUUAAGGUAUUUGUGCUUUAAUCUCAGUGCUCGACUGCAAAGUUCAAAAGCUAAGAGCGUUCAGCUCAGCCUCUUGUUGGCUCAAGAAUGGUAAUGCACAUAGAUUCGUCAUAUUUUCGCUUGGCUUGUUUUAACGAUCUCCCGACUAUCUGAGAGUCUGGUACGGGCUACACUCAGAUUAACUUGUAAUCUUUUUGGUUUGUUGGGUUUCAGAGUCGUAUUUCCGUGAUCAUUCCUCGUUUUCAAUGCUGAAUGAAUCUGAAGAUGAGGAUAAUAUAUACAGGUGAGAAGUCUGCCCUUACAACUCAAAAAAUAAAAGAAGAUAUAGGGGGAAAUUUCUUUGUUGGCAAACCUUGUUUGUGUCCUAAGGGUGUACCUUGGUUCCAGAGGUUUUUGAAAGGAGAAAGAAAACCUCUACAACUAGUGUACCAAUGGCGAUGUAUGCCUUGGUUAUUGAGCGCUUUUAUUUUCUGUUCUCUUUGCUCGUUCAACACUUCGGAAGUGCUAGCCUCUGGCAUGAGACCAUUCAUUAUCAAUUAAAUAUAGACAGAGAAUGUAUAUCUGCUAAACAUCCAUGGCAAGGCUUCCCGAGGGGGGCGGGGAGGGUGGUUAUCGUAUAAAAAUGACGGGGAUCCUCGUCGGAAAAUUAAACAUCUAAAGGGGACCAAUCUGGGUCUAGGCUAAAAAAUCAUCCGUCCCUUCACCCCCCUCCCCAACCCCAUGCACCAGGAUUCAGACAAUUCUGGGUGUGGAACAGGCCUUUAUUUGACCACCAAAGGAGACCAUACUUCAACACAGUAUGGCGGCUGUUUUCAUUUUAAUUUCGGAAUUUCUUUACGCCCAACUCAACGCGCUACCCCUAAGAAAGACGACAAGCGUCCCCGUCGUUAGGGACUAAAAGAACGAAAAUUUACGUUUUAAGCGACGUUUUCGCUGCCGUUGCGUCGCGUCCUUGGGAUUUCCUGGUGAUGCGGUAGCGGAAAGUGUUAUAAUAAAUAUAUAUGUCAGAAAUAUUUUUACAUUUUGUAUCAUUUUUCAUUUCAGCUCUCAUGUCGAAAAAGGCCAAAUCGCAAGCAGUGACGAGGAAUACUAACGCUACUUAUAACAUGGAAGGAAUUGAGGCCAUUUCACCCGAACUAUAGUCGAUUCGCUCGAUUAGUAGAUUAUUUCAAAAACUGCUCAACAGGUCUAAAAACAAGUGAAAAACACUCCUAUCUGUAGUAAUAUUCAUUAUCGUUGCGGUACGUGGUAGAAAGUAUAGCCAACUCGACCUUUGACUUGUCUAUUCAAGAACGAGAAUCACAAACGCAGUUGAAGGUUGUUUUCAGACGUAAAGUAAUUAGGCUUCCUUACAAGUCCAUUUGACAGUGUAUUCUAGUGAAGCCUUCGUUUCAAUGGUCACCAUUCACUCAAUAGUGACAUUGGGCGAAUCGACGUUGUUGGGGGCGAAUCAAUCGGCUUCCAAUGGAAGCCGGUCGUGUUUUGUAUCUCACAUUAGUUUGUUUGGAGGGUUAGGAGGUCUGGAAAGAAGAGGAGAGGGGCUGGAAUAGAGAGAAGAAGUCGUUACGUCAUGUAACCAUGGAAACAGAAUUUCUGGAUCGCAACAAACCGUGCUUCUGCAAGUACGGCAUAAAAAAAAGAAACGAAAAAAAAAUUGACAUGUAUGACUUUCCUUGGCGUGAUUGCAGUCAGGAACAAAACAGUAGCCCAUACCUUUGUUCCAUCGUUCGACCAUGCAAAUAGUCGUCUCUUUUGAGAAACGUGACGCCAUACUUCUCCUCUCUAUAAAGGAGGGGCCAAGGGUUAAAGGAAACACGCUUUUGUUUCUUAUCGCAAAGUAACAAAGCCAUCAUCAAAAGAGUGGGAGGGGAGAGAGGGGGGGCAAAAGAAGUACAAAGAGAACUGAACGUGAGAUUUUUUGAGCUCUAUUUCCCGACCCUUCUCUCCAAACUAGAUAUUUUACGUUAAUACUCUCCCACUAUGUAAUUUAUUACGUGUUCAUGGAAAGAUGGCAUCGGCAAUUCAAAACUAAAGAAAACAUGCAUAUUUCAAGAGAAUUUAUGAGAGGGGGUAGAGGUAGAGUGUGAAUAGGUCAACACCCACCCUGAAAGUAGCGUUUUUUUAAAAAAAAGUGAACAUAAUACGGAUGCGCUACUAAAUGAACCGGGCGAAUUAUCAUACAAAUAAAUCCUUGUCUUUAUUGACAAAAGUGGCUAAAUGAAAGUUGAAGUAGACUUAUACUUUUUUAACUGAAAUUUGGUGUCCUUCUGCUUAAUCGGAGGUAGAGGAUUAAAAGAAACGCUUAGACAUAUAUUUUGAAUAAAGUGUAUAAGCCCUUGACAUUUAAUGGUUAUGUUAAGACGGUUAUCUGUAGAUUGACCUGGUCUAUUGCUGUAUUUAUUAUAUAUAACUAAGUUAAAUUCAGGCAUGUAGAGUAACAAGCCAAGAUAGAAAUCGAGGUAGAUUGAAAAUCCCUGUUUGUAUUGUGAGUUUACAAUC